AUGAAGCUCUGCAGCAGGGAGGUGAUGGAGUCCGGCAGCCAUCCAUGCUAUAAGCCACCUCGCAGCCUGAGGGUCAACAUCAAUGGAAGCUCUUUCUUUGUGGAUAGAAGCACCCUGGCUGAUAACUGUGAGUACUUCAGGGCAUUGUUCCAGUCAGGAAUGAGAGAGUGCCGUGAGGAGGAGAUCCAGCUGCAUUGUGUGGGGGUUCUGGGGUUCCUGGUCUUGCUGCAGGUCCUGGAUGGGAAGCAACCAGUGCUCAACAGUGACCAGAUCGUGGAAGCCAUCGAGUGUACGGCUUUUCUCCAGGUGCCGGUUCUCACAAAGCACUUGAUCAAUAUCAUUAAUUCUGAGAACUGUUUGCUGAUGUACCACACAGCUGCCACCUAUGGUGUGUGGGAGCUGACCCACAGCUCAGCCUUAUUCAUCAGAGACAUGUACGCUGACCUAAGGGAGGACAUUCACACCUUACCUAACAAGCUGGUGGAGUAUAUUGAGUCUCUUCUCCCCAGUAGCUACAUGGCCGUAUGCAGCCACUCUCCGUCCUCUAAGCUGUUGCAGGAUGUGCAGAGGACUGUCUGCUACCUGGAUGAGGAACACCGAGAGUGGAGGGUCCUGACUCAUCUACCUGGGACCACCAGCACCACCAUGGCCGGUGUGGCUGUCCUCAACAACAGACUGUACAUUAUCGGAGGGGUGCAUGAUGUGAAUAAGAAGGUAGUAGAGAAGGGUUUCUGUUACGACCCUGCAGCUAACACAUGGUCCACCAUUUGUGGCCCCCAGCAGCUCCGCUACAACUUCACUCUGGUGGGACAUGAGGACUACCUGUACGCUCUGGGGGGGGAGUACAACAUGAAAGCCCUGUCAUCUGUGGAGAGGUACAGGGUGUCUAAUGGGAGCUGGAGUUUUGUCUCCCCCCUUCCAUACCCUGCAGCCUCAGUGGUAUCAGCUGUGGCCAUGAACAGGAUGUUUAUCUGUCUCUGGAAAGGGAAGGGGGCCACAGAUAUCCUCGAGUACAUACCAGAACCAGACCAGUGGCUUCUGGUCACCACACUCAUCCGCCAACACAGUUAUGGUCUUUAUAUGGUGGCCCAUAAGGACAAUCUGUAUGUGAUGAGAAACGGACCCUGUGAUGACUUCUUACUGUGUGUGAUGGACUGCUACAAUCUGACCUCAGGUCAGUGGACGGCCAUCUCCGGUCAGUAUGGGAACAGUAAAGGGUCUCUGCUGACCGCUGUGGUCCGAGGAGACUCCGUGUUCACGCUCAGCAGACAUGUGACCACAGAGUACACGGUGGACGAAUACAGAUGGAGAGUGAAGUGUGAGAUGAAAGGUUUCGGCAGGAUUGGAUCUAUACAUACAUUUCUGAUGAGGCUGCCUAAAGCCUCCAAGUCCAUCAUGGGGAAGUGUCUGGAUCUGACUCAGGACCAGAACCUUAGGGACCUCAGUGACUGUCCCAGAUUAUCCCCACAGUGCUCUGCCAAUCUGUAA